AUGGAUAUAGUGGUUCAAGCACUCGCAUAUUUCAAUACAACCAAGAAGGAUACAUCGAAAUUUGAUACUUUAAUAUCGCCAUCCGCUUAUAAGCAGCAGUUAUUGCAGAAACGUAAAGAGUGCAUUGGAAGUAAAUGUCAAAUGUUCUACAAAGAUGAUCCGUUCGUGGUGUCAAAAGCAUCAAUGCAAUAUAUUUAUGAUGAAUCUGGUCGAAAGUACAUCGAUUGCAUCAGCAAUGUUCAACAUGUUGGGCACUGCCACCCGAAAGUAGUUGAUGCAAUAACGACACAGUUAUCGCUGUCCACUUGUAAUGUUCGUUUUGUGAGUGCCAAAUUAACGGAAUGUGCUGAAGAGUUGCUGAAAACAUUGCCUGGAUUGGACACGGUGCUUUUUUGUAAUUCUGGAUCCGAAGCAAACGAUUUGGCACUGAGAUUGGCUAGAGACUAUACUCAGCAUCAAGAUGUGAUCGUUCUUGAUCAUGCUUAUCAUGGACAUGUAACAACAACAAUGCAAUUGAGCCCAUACAAAUUUGAUCACGAAUGUACUAUAAAACAACCCGAUUGGGUGCACGUUGUACGCGUAUACAUUCAUUUUGUAUUUCUUUUACACGUUUUCAGAAUCGCUUAUAGAAUUCAAUCUCCUAAUUCUAUAUUGAAAAGUAAGUUGAACAUUCUCGCACCGUGUCCCGAUGUGUACAGAGGUGUUCACAGACUCGCGGAUGAAGAUUUGAAUAAUCCUUCAGCACUAAGCGAUAUGGGUGAUCAAUACGCAAUGGACGUGAAAAACAUCAUAAAUAAUAUGCAUGAAAACGAACGCCAACUUGCUGCAUAUUUCGCUGAAGCGCUACAGUCGUGUGGAGGUCAAGUGCUACCUCCAAAAGGCUACUUCAGUACUGUGGCAAAAUAUGUGAGGCAAGCCGGAGGACUGAUUGUGAUCGAUGAAGUUCAGACGGGUUUUGGACGGGUCGGGAACACAUUUUGGGCGCAUAAACUAAAUGAUGAAGGUGAUAUCUUUAUAGAAUUUAUACCCGAUAUCAUAACGAUGGGUAAGCCGAUGGGUAAUGGCUUUCCAGUAUCGGCUGUGGUGACACGCAAAGAAAUUGCUGAUACGUUGGGUGGGAAAGUUGGAUAUUUCAAUACGUAUGGUGGUAAUCCGGUGGCGUGUGCAGCCGCAUUAUCUGUGAUGAACGUGAUCAAGGAGGAAAACCUUUUGGAGCACUCGCAAGUAAUCGGUGAACUUUUUGAGAAAAAACUGAACCAACUCAAAGCAAAACAUCAGUGCAUUGGAGACGUAAGAGGUGUUGGCUUGUUCUGGGGUAUUGAUUUGGUGCGUGAUCGUUGCAGUCGUGAACCGGAUUCAGAACUAGCGCUUAGAGUUAUUUUAAAACUGCGGUCACAACUUGGGGUUUUAUUAAGUGUCGACGGUCCUUACUCAAAUAUUCUCAAAAUCAAACCGCCAUUAUGCUUCAGUAAAGCAGAUCUUGAUUACGUAAGUUUUAUAUCGAUGAUUUAUGCGGACACUUUCGAUAUAAGAUGCUUCCCUUGA